AGGAAGUUGUUGGACGGCAACAGUUGUGGAGUCUACGCAUCAUCACGAGUCGACAUUUUCGAGAAUUUCUGCAUUGAACCGGAAGUCAAUAUACAGAAUAACUAUGAGUGGAUAUUUGGCAAUUAUCGUCUUGGUGUGCUUGCAAAUACUGCGUGUAAUGUCGAUUAACGAAUUCCCGGAGAAGAAAGUACAAAAUAUUUGGUUGGCGGACUUGGACGACAAACAAAUCGCGUCCAGGAUCGAACGCAGUGAUCAGUUUGAGACGGCCAGUGAUGUCCUAAUGAAAGACGCAAGUGUGUACCCGAAGAUUACCCGUCGUGGGUUUGCGGGAGAGGAAUUUUUCUUGAAGGCGUCGAAGUCGGUGCCCAGGAUCGGUCGUAGGAACAACGAUAUUCAGGAAACGCCGAAAAGAUCAUUGAGCAAAGAUCAAGUGAACAUGGUGGAAUACUGGCCGUACUUGCAGCCGAACGACAUCAACGACUUGACCAGGAAACAUGACUUCGACUUGCCGUACAACUGUCAACAACUCGACGCCAAAACGAUUUUUUUGGUGGACAUGUACAACUUUGUCUGCAACGAUCAGUUCUAUUGCUGUGCGCCUGCAAAGCGCGCCAUAGCCAACUCUCCAAACUCGAAUUCCUUGUGAAAAAGCGGAGCACAACAUCAUACAGGAAUAUAAUAUUUUAAUAAUGCUAAUAAAAUAAUAUGUAGGUAGUCAGUCUUAGAUUUAGAGGGAAUGUGUUUUUUUUUUUAUAAUUCUUAUUAUUUUUAUUAUUCUUCAGACUUAUUUUGGGUGGUUUUAUUUACGUCUAAGUUAAAAACAAUCAACUGCCAGUAUAUUGAACGCGUGAAACACUUGAUCAUUGUGAUUAUUACGUUGGAACGCUAUAAAUGUAUUUAAUAUAAUGUAUGUUGAAUGAAAAAUGUCUUUUACUCAAUAAAAAUUGAAAUAUUAACCUA